GCAGAGUGAGGAGGGGAGACUGCACGCGCGGAGCUCCUGCGAAAAUCAAGAAUAUUGGCGGAAAUCGACCGAGUUACGCCUGUGGCUGCAUACCAGCACCUAGCGCUUCUUUCAAGGGCGUAAGAGGCGCGCAAUGGCAGCGCCGGGCGAGACGCGGCAGGAGAGGGCCGUGGCUCUGUCGGAGCUGACGCCUCAUCUGGUCUGCCCCCUGUGUGGCGGAUACUACGUGGACGCCACCGCCAUCGUUGAGUGUCUCCACACGUGCCCGACGCCACUCUGCAGAGUAUCGUGUACAAAACGGUACCAGGCCUGCACCGUGAUGAAAUGCAGCGACGGCAGCUUUUCUACGCCGACAAGCCGGAUGCCGACGCGGAACUCGCACCGUCAUCGAAAGGCUGCUAUGAAGAGGGCGCCGGUCGGUACUACGCACCGGAUGACACGAUUGACUCCGGAAGAGGUUGUUCCUGUGCGGUACUUCCGCUGUCCGGCUGGGCUGCCAUUGUCCACACUGAAGAAGCUGCUAUUCCAGAAGUACGGUUUCUCAGACUCUCUUCAGAUGGAGCUGAUUCAUGGCAGGAAGGUCCUACCGGCCGACAUCAAGCUGCUUGACGUCGCUUACAUCAUCAAUUGGAGCAGGACCUCACCUGCCGUCUCGAAAGCUCCAGUAGUGACAACCAGCGUCACGUUUGUCACGCCCAGUACCGUGCCGGUGAGGUCAGCGGCCGUGACGCCCGUCCGCCCGGUAUCCUCACCGCUCCACAUUGAGACGGCCUCUCUGGGUCUGCGCUACGGCAGCGCCGUGCCGCCCCUGUCCAGCCUGUCCCGGCCGGCACCGUCCACCACCACCACCUCCUCGACCUCCUCCAGACCGGUGUUCCCCGUUCCUCCGCUGCCACAGAGGCCCAAGAGCCAGAACGUGCGCGCCAUCCCGAACCCGUCCCUCCUUCGUCAGAGGUCUGCUGAGGAGCGUGCGCGGGACUCUGGCAAGGGCUCGCCGACGGCGGGAAGCACGGCCCCGGCCAUGUCUCCGCCCACCAUCAGGGACAUCCACAGCCUGACGAGGCAGCUGCAGGAGGCCGGCACCUCUGUCACGAUCACGAACACAUCCUGA